AUGCAGGCCACGGACGCGAAAGGCAGAGCUCCUCAGGACGUCGUCGCCAUCUUCCAUGCUGCUUUUCACCCGACCCAGGGGAAUGUGUUAGAUUGGUCUCUCAAGGCCAGUGAAGACCUGGAUCUGAGCCAUGUCGAGUUCAGCGCUCUGCCAAGUGGUCUGCACUUGAUGGAACGGGAUGUGAUCUACUUCACAAAGGACGAGCACGCAGGCGUCUGCGUCUUCCAUCGACAACACACAACUGAACAGGGCCACCGCGGCUUCCGCCUCUCCUCCCUCGGCAUCCUGCUCGCCAAGUCCGCGCGCCCGCGCCCUUGGCUGCACGUUGCUGCGCUAAAGGAGCUUUUCCGAUCCAUCUAUUCUUCUAUUGAGAACCGCGACGUGCUCAUCCCAGUAGAUGGAGACUGGGAUCCCGCGCGCGCAUUCUUCGAGGAGCGCAAAGUGCGCCGUUCAGACCUCGGUGGCGCAGGUGACUGGCGGGGCUGGGACACCGAGCUCGAGAAUGACGUGCCCGACAUGGAUCCGACAAUACAUCUCCCGCACCUACUGCGUAUCCUCGGGCCGUCCUCCCUCACACUCUACAAGCAUGUCCUCGGGCGCCGGAGGAUACUCAUAUAUACUCUCCCGCCGGUCGAGGCCGCAUGCAUUCUCUGCCAGGUUGCCGCGGACAUCUGCUAUCAGUACCAGGCAAGCGGUGAAGCUGCGCUACCAAGAGACAGCGAUAACGAGGACUCGAGCCCCAAGCUGAAGGGCAAGUCGACAGAGGGUGUGAAAGUGCUGGGAAUGAUCACUCUCAGCGACCUGCCAAAGCUUGAGCAGGAGAGCAAGACAGGACGAGGCUGGGUAGCGUGUACGACGGACGCGCUGUUCCUCGAGAAGCCACAAUACUACGACCUGCUGAUUGACCUCCGCACGUCAACUCCGAAUACCCGCCCCACGUUCUAUGCCUCCAAGCUCGCAGAACCAUCAAAUGGCCGCGGGCCGUCGCACCGCCUCUCCAUAGUGCGCUUCACAUGGAGCGAUGUCAAACUGUGGACGGAGCUCGACCGCCUCCUCCAGCUCGAUGCAAGCACACACACCGACGUCUGCUGCGACCCGUCGUCCUCCAGCACGAGCGGCAGGUCGCGCGCGAGCGCCAACUCCUGGACGGACAUCUGGCGCGUCUACGAGGACGUCUGCGUGAUGUGCGCCGGGCUCUGGAUGGGCUCCUGGCGCGCGCAUCCCACACUCGCGUGCUCCCCCGGUGGAGCGCGCUGGGAGAACUGGGGCAGCAUCCGCCUCGAGGGCGCGGACGAGCUCGCGCCGCCACGCAAGACGCCGUACGUGCGCACGGUCGGCAUGGGCAUUGAGGGCCGCGUGUCGCUCCCCUCUAGCUCUAGUCGUUCGCUACGCAAGGCUAGCGGCAUCGCGAUGUGGACGUGGCCUGGCAGAGGCGGCGACGCGCCCGAGCCGCCACUCGACGAGACCGCGGGGCCAGCCACAAAGGAUACCGCAUCGGUCACAUACCUUGACGACACCAGCCGCAGCGCCCGCCGGGCCAGGCAGGUGCUGACGACACUCGCACUGUUGCACACGUUCCACGCCAACACAGUUGUGAUGCUCGCAAGACUCGGGGAGCUUCUUCCUCAGCGGCGCGCCGGUUCCCAGCAGGAGAACAGCAGCGUGGUCGAGACGGUCUUACUAACACCAAAGGACGUCAUGUCGUUCGAGUUGGGCCCGUUCAGUGGACUGGACGCGCGAUUUGUUGAGUGGCUGGGAGACGAGUACGGGGGCGGAGUGAAGGUGGUCGUGCGGCGCAGCUGGCGAGAUCUUGUUGGCCUCAUCCUCGGUUUUGGUUGAUAUUCGUGCGUGCGUGUGAGAUUGUUGUAUGCGAGAUUGUUGUAGAGUCGAGUUAUACCCCCUCCUCGGCCUCCUUUAUGAUAUAUUAGGACAUCUAUGUAGGAGCAUCUUGCAU